AACCUUGAUAGCACCCACUCGGAAAUGUGAACAAUCCAGUAAAAAAGUGUGCGUAAAAAUGCCCACAGAAAAAUGCAGAUGCAGUUAGUUUAGUUUUUUUAUAGUAUUUACGAGUACACAAAUCGCAAUGUUUAAGUUAUAUGUAGUAUUUACGUUCCUAGUACAAGUUUUAUGUGAUAACUUUACAAGUAUUAACUUACCUGAAGAGCACCUCCAGUACUACUUUAGAAACUUCCCGGACGUGGCGAGGAAAUGCGAGAACGACGAUGCUUGUCCGUAUAAACAGCAUCUAAAUAAGGAUAAGUGCUGGGGUUAUGAGUAUGAUUGCAAAUGGGAGCAACAAUAUUCUGAGCCUCUAUGUCCCGGUGACCAUCGAGGUUGGGUCAAAACGAAGUUUGACCAGAUCAACACGUUUUACACCCAGACUGAUUUUGGAUAUGUAAAGCAGCAGCUGAGGGAAAUGAAAAUUCUUUGUGAACCUCUGUUUCCUGAUGACAGUUCCCUGGAGUGUUCUGAUCAUUUGAGGUUUUGUCGUGGCAGGAAUCUGAUGAUCAAUUUCACUUCUCUGUUAACUAGGGAAGAUCCAAUUAGGUACAAAAUGGAUGUGCUCAAGGAGGGUGAAAUUGGAGGCUAUUGUCAGCUGCAUGCACAAAGAAAGGAAGAACAGACUGACCAUGUCAGUCCACUGCAAAGUUGGGGGCCUGAACUCAGGUAUUUUACUAGGCUCAACCGUAGACCUCUUGUUGAAGGAGACUGUGAUGUAGUUGUAGAAAAACCCACAUUUAUAAUGAAGAUUGAUGCUACUGUGAAUAUGUAUCACCAUUUCUGCGAUUUCGUUAACUUAUACGCUUCUCUACACUUAAAUGCAACCCAAAAAGACGCAUUUUCGACUGACGUACAAAUAUUAAUCUGGGAGACGUACACCUACCGAUCGGCCUUCGAGGAUACCUGGGAGGCGUUCACCGACCAUCCGAUUUUAGACUUAAAAGCCUUCCGGGGUGAGACCGUAUGCUUCAAGAACGUGGUGUUCCCAUUGCUACCUCGAAUGAUUUUCGGACUGUAUUACAAUACUCCCAUUAUUUAUGGUUGUGAGAAGAGCGGUCUUUUCGACGCGUUUUCCCAGCACGUCUUGCACCGAUUGAAAAUACCGUUCCACCAAAGAACUGAUCAUAGAAUUAAGAUUACUUUUAUAUCUAGGGACACGAAGUUCAGGCGGGUUUUGAACGAGGAUGAAUUGUUGGAGGAGCUCCGGAAAAAUGAGAAUUAUGAUGUGAAAAAGGUGGUGUACAAUAGGAAUGUUCCUUUUAAAACACAGUUGGAAAUAACUAGGAAUACUGAUGUUCUUAUUGGAAUCCAUGGAGCUGGAUUGACUCAUUUGCUGUUUCUACCCAUUUGGGCAUCUGUUUUUGAGCUGUAUAAUUGUGAAGAUUCUAGUUGUUAUUUGGAUUUGGCAAGGUUGAGAGGCGUUAAAUAUUUCACUUGGGAGGACACAUCAAAAUUAAUAACUCAACAGGAUGAGCCUCAUAAUGGUGGAGCUCAUGCCAAAUUUGCUAAUUACAUAUUUGAUAAGAAUGAAUUUGUAAGAAUUGUUGAUAAGGCAGCAGAGCAUGUUAAAAAUAGCACAAAGUUUAAUGAGCUUAUUGAGAGUGUUACUACAAGUUCUAAAGAAAAUAAUAUAGAGUCAGAAACAGAAAAUAUUACAAGUGAAGAACUAGAAAUAAAUAAAAUUACUCCUAAUGGAGAGGAUGUAUCAAACAAAAACUUUGAUGAUACUGAUCAAAAUUCAAUUGAUAAACUGAAAGAUUCAGUUGAACAUAUUUCAAAUUUGGAACAAACUAACAGUGAUAAUAUAAUUUCAGAUACUAAUCACGACGAACUAUAAUUAAAUUAAAGAAUAUCUGAAAUGUCUUACUUAUUUUUAUAAUCUCAUAUUUUAGUUUUAAGGCAAACUAAUGUGAUCAUAUUUUUAUAAUAAAUUUAUUAUUGCUUAAAA